AUGCCGUCCUGCAGCCGCGUGGCGCUGGUGACCGGGGCUAACAAGGGCAUCGGCUUCGCCGUCACGCGUGAGCUGUGUCGGAAGUUCUCGGGGGACGUGGUGCUCACGGCGCGGGACGAGGCGCGGGGCCGGGCGGCCGUGCAGCAGCUGCAGGCGGAGGGCCUGAGCCCACGCUUCCACCCGCUGGACAUCGACGACCUGCAGAGCAUCCGCGCGCUGCGCGACUUUCUGCGCCGGGAGUACGGGGGGCUGGACGUGCUGGUCAACAACGCGGGCAUUGCCUAUAAAGGCACUGAUCUCACCCACUUUUACCUUCAAGCAGAAGCAGCAAUGAAGACCAACUUCUUUGGUACCCAGGCUGUCUGUACAAAGCUACUUCCUCUAAUAAAACCCCAAGGCCGAGUGGUCAAUGUAUCGAGCAUAAUAAGUCUCGAGGCCCUGAAGAACUGCAGCCCAGAGCUGCAGCAGAAGUUCCGAAGUGAGACCAUCACAGAGCAGGAGCUGGUGGAGCUCAUGAACAAGUUUGUGGGAGAUACGAAGAAAGGAGUGCAUUCGCAAGAAGGCUGGCCUAACAGUGCCUAUGGGGUGACCAAGAUUGGGGUGACAGUCCUGUCCAGAAUCCACGCCAGGACACUCAGCCAGCAGAGGCGAGGAAAGAUCCUCCUGAAUGCCUGCUGCCCUGGCUGGGUGAGAACCGACAUGGCGGGGCCCAAAGCCACCAAAAGCCCAGAAGAAGGGGCAGAGACCCCCGUGUACUUGGCACUUUUGCCGCCCGAUGCAGAGGGGCCUCACGGGCAGUUUGUUAGUGAGAAAAAAGUUGAGCGAUGGUGA